AUGUCCAAGAAACUGCCCACUAAAGAGGUAGUUGAUCUAUUUUUCACCCAUAUAAAACCUCAAUUGCCAGGUCCCCAUAAACCUGUCUUGAUUAAUAUUCAUGGAUUUCUAGGAUCUAAAGUGACAUUCCAUUCAGUCAAUCGAUCUAUAUCACCUCAUCUUAAUACCGACAUAUUUACUGUGGAUAUUCGAGAUCAUGGUGAUUCACCACAGGCACAUCCAAUGACGUAUCCAGCUUUCACUAAAGAUAUGUUGCAUUUUAUUGAUACAAAAGUUCCCAAGGGUCGGCCCAUUGAUUUUGUUGGUUAUUCUAUGGGAGGUAGAAUUGCAAUGAUGUUAGCUCUAAACAAAUCUUUGAAGGACCGAGUGCGUAGAGUGGUUGCCAUAGAUGUUCCGCCUUAUACAACUCCUACGUUACCUGUUGAAUUGAAUAACAAUUGGAAAUUGAUUAACGAAAUUGCAUCUGGGCAACUCCGAAUCAAAAGAGGUGGAAUUCAAUGGAGAAAUAAAUGCAUUGACUUAUUAGGGAUAUAUUUCGGUGGUGGAUUUCUACGUCAGGAGUGUAAUUAUGUGUCUAAGAAUAAUAAAUUAAUUGAGUAUUAUUUACCAGUUCAAGAAUUUCCCAAUGUUGUUGAAGAUAUGAAAAAAUGGGAAAUAACUAACGAUAUGGAUGCAAGUAAUGGAUCAGUGGAAUUACUAGUACAAAGAGGAUUGAAAUCAUGCAUGGUGGAUAGUGACUAUAAUCUUAUUCGCAAAGUGUUUCCAAAUGCUCAAGUGCAAGAGUUUAAUACUUCACACAAUCUAAUCUUUGAAGAGUACGACAGAUGUGUUGAAAGUAUUAUUAACUUUUUAAAGUCUGAAUAA